AUGCGAAACCUUGAACAGCAGACAAACGAAUUGUUGACUAGAUUCCAAAGCAAUAAUCUCUCCAACACCACCACCACCACCACCACUACCACCACUACCCUAUACAAUACAUCUCGCAUGGGAAAAGCAGCGUCAAAAUUGUCCAGAGAGGACAUCAAAAAACUACAAGAACAUACUUAUUUCGACAAGCGGGAGCUUCAACUGUGGUACAAAGGUUUUCUCAGAGAUUGUCCCAGUGGACAACUAACCGAAGAUGAUUUUGCCAAAAUCUAUCAACAAUUCUUCCCAUUUGGCGACCCAAAGGAGUACUGUCAUUACUUGUUUCUUCAAUUUGAUCAAGAUAAUUCCAACUUUAUCGAUUUCAAAGAGUUUAUUUUGGCGUUCAGCAUCACCAGUCGUGGCAAAGGCGAACAGAAAAUAGCAUGGGCAUUUGAUUUCUAUGAUUACAACAAGACCGGAAAACUCACAUACAAGGAUAUACUACCGGUCAUUAGUGCUACUUAUAAAAUGAUAGGUCCAAUGGCUGCGUUGCCACCGGAUGAAACUACACCCGAAUUGAGGGCAGAAAAAUGGUUCAGGCUAUUAGGGAAAAACAAGGACACCGAUGUGAUUACUUUAGAUGACUUCAAGAAUUUGGCCGAAAUCGACCCACUGAUAAAGAGUGCUUUGACAGGGUAUCUGGGUUUAGUGUAG